GGAAGUUUAAAAUGUGUUCUCAAGUGUACUGAAAGCUUGUUAGUAUUAUAAUAUUGCUGUAGUUUAAAAUAUAGAAGCUUUAUCAUGGUUUUAGAUACAAUACCCUGGAAUUAGCGCAGAGUAAAACAUUGGAGAAUGACACGAGGGUUACGUACAAUAGUAUUACUUUUGACACUUUUCACGGAUGCUGUACUAACUGAAUGUUCAGUAGGCUGCACUUCCUGUUCCGGUUCAACAUGCUUGAAAUGUGAAUCUUCAUAUUUUUUACCCGUCAAUGUCUGUAUUCCUUGUCCUGAAGACUGCACCAGUUGUAACGAAUUUUCUAAUUGUACUUCAUGCAAACCAGGUAAAUGGGGUUCAGUCAACCAAUGCCAGUUCACCUGCGUAGAUAAAUGUUAUAAUAGGGAAUGCGAGUAUGACACUGGCUAUUGCAUUCAGUGUAAAUCUGGGCUGUACGGCCCACGAUGUCAAUUUAAUUGUAGUGUUUGUAAGGGUGAUCUUUGUGAUUUUCGUGGAUGCACGCAUGGAUGUAAACAAGGAUAUUAUGAAUCUGAUUUAAAGUGUGAGACAUGUCCGACUGAUUGUAGAUACUGUAAUGAUGCAAGAACAUGUCAGAUUUGUAAUGACGGUUUUCAUUUGUAUCAAUUUCAUUCAAAUUUAAAAAUUUUUGUUCACUGUAUUAGUUGCUCAUUAGGAUCAAACUGUUCAAGUUACUGUGCUAUUCAAAACUGCAAUAACUGCAAGAUCCUUGAUGGCGAUUUGAAGUGCACAGAUUGUUCUGAAGGAUAUAGAUUUAAUGGCAAAAUAUGCAUACCAAAUACAACAAGCUGUUCUCAAGGAUGUUCUUCUCAUUGUGAUGACAAUGGAAUAUGCGUAGGAAGUUGUAAUGCUGGAUGGACGGGUGAAAGAUGUUCUGGAAAGUGUUCUGAUAAAUGUUUGACAUGCGAUAAAAGUAAUGGACACAUUUGUCAUCAGUGUAAAGGUGACUUUUUCACUGUUAGCUGUAAUGUGGCUUGCAAUCCGUCAUGUAUAACAGAAGAAGGCAAACAAACGUGUAGACUAAAUGAUGGAUAUUGUUUGAAUGGAUGUGAACGUAAUUUCUGGGGUCCUGAUUGUGACCAACCUUGUUCAAACGGUUGCAAUAAUAGCAUUCUAAUGUGCGAGAGAAGUAACGGGACAUGUAAACAUGGAUGUAAGGACGGAUAUAGCGGAGACAAAUGCGAUACUACUGUUACAAGCCGAACAACUGUGAAAUCUGAAGGCACUUCGCAGCCCAGUUCAACCAGUUCCGUCACAGACACUACGGGAGAGCCUAAUGAUGGGGAGCAUAAAUCACAGAAAGACAAUAAAGAUAUAAUCAUUAUAGGUUCUGCAGCAGGCGGAGGUGUCCUUGUGUUGAUACUGAUUAUCGGUAUUAUCGUUUGUCUCGUGAAAAGAAGACGAAAGCCCUCUGGUGAUGAGUCUCUGCAGAAUGGGAUGGUCAUGUCUGAUGAAAAAGGUCUGUAUAAUCAUUGA